CACACAGUAUUGAAAGUGUCAAAGUUACUGCAGAAAUACACCCUAUGCUAGCAAAUGAAAUAGGAAAUGUUGUUAAAGAAGGAACAAGAUUGGUACCAGUAAUCAAAUUACAUCUUGACAAUUUUGUCAAGACAAAUUUCGGUGCAACCACCAUGCCAGAUCGUGACAAUGUAAUGUUUUAUCCCUCAGAUAAAACGAUUUAUAGUCAUAUGUAUAAUGCUAUAUUGAAAAUGAAAAAUACAACAAUUGAUCAGGAUGGUCUGCAGAUGAAAGUUAGUGAGUGGAAGAAAGAGUUGUCAGGUGGCAAUAUCUAUUUUAGACCUUGUGCAAAGGUAGAUGGAGAGGUACAGCCACUACUCUUUUGCUACCAGACAGCGUGGCAAGUGGAAUUAUUAAGAAAGUAUGGGACAGUAUGCUUGCUUGAUGCGACAUAUAAAACCACUAAGUAUGACAUUCCACUGUUUUUCAUAACAGUGAAAGCAAAUGUGUGCUAUUUAGUUGUAGGUUUCUUUUAUGUUCAGGUAGAAGACACACAAUCCAUUUGUGAAGCAUUAAAUAUUUUCAAGGAGUGGAAUGUGGUCAUGAGUCCUGCAUACUGGGUAACUGAUUUCUCAUAAUCCGACAUAAAUACUAUUCAGGCAGUAUUUCCCUGCUCUAAAGUGUAUCUAUGUUCAUUUCACAGGGAACAAGCUUGGAACAGGUGGUUACCUAAACAUGUUAAAGAACAAGAAGACAGAGAGACAAUAGUUAAUCAGUGGAGAAGAGUUGCAGCAUCGUCCUCCUUGCAACAGUACAAAGAUAAUUUAGAAAAAAUGAAAAAUCAUCAUGUUUUUGAAGGGAAGGAGUCUGCAUUAAAAUAUUUUGAGAAACAAUGGGUCCUGGUCCAUCAUAGAUGGGUGAUAGCUUUUGAGCACAAAGGCAUGUUUGCCAAUAUAAACACAACAAAUAGUGCUGAAGCAAUGAAUAGGUUGGUGAAAUAUUCACACCUUCAUCAAAGAACAGAUACAACAAUAACAGGUGUUAUUACAGUUUUAGUCCAUCGUUACCUGCCUAGCCUCAUUGAAAAGUAUUGUAAAUUAAAUCCUGCCAUUAAGUCAUACAAUAAGAUGAUCCCUGUAUUCCUGCAUAGGAAGACACUCGACUUCACAAGGCAUGUAAUGAAGCGAUAUGAAUCAGUUGAAGUUGAUUUUAGUGCAGAACAGGUAUGGAGUUAA